AUGUCGUCGUCGUCGUCUUCAACUUCAAAACCCACACAGGCCCCCACAACAUCUCGGGGAAAAACAGUGGGUGACAAGACUGACACAAAGGCGCCGGCACCCCCUCCGGGCUCUCCUCUAGAUGGCAACACAACCAUCACAGAGAGAAGGAUCCAGAAAAAAAGGUAUGCAGCGCCAAGGAAAGGAGACCCUAAACUUGGCAAAAGCAUAGCCUUACUGCAGGAUCUAGGAAAGAAAACGUCCACAGGUGGCCUACGCAGAGCGGUUACCAUCAAGAAUGCUCAAACAAGUGCGAGAAUGGCCGCCGCAGACGACAACAGAGACCUCGCAGAAGUAUCCUUCCAAGGAGACUCACCAACCAAACCAAAACCGAACGAGGACACCACACCACCAGUAACACCAACGUCCACAACGGGACUGUUGUCGUCGCCAGAGUUGGAGGCGAGGGAGCCAGAAUCCGGGGGACCCGCACCCGUCGCUCAAGACUCCACUCCGACAGAAUCCGAGGGACCCGCACCCGUCGCUCAAGACUCCACUCCGACAGAAUCCGAGGGACCCGCACCCGUUGCUCAACACUCCACUCCGACAUCAUCGCCACGAGCCGACCACUACAGCAUCGUUGUGUCCACAACACCAGUCGAGACACAGCAAUGCGAGGACGAGGACGACUACGAGGAAAGGAUCUCAGAGAUAGACCAGGAGCUAUCAGACCUGGGGGUCUGGGAGCACACGGAGGGACCCUCGGAGGAUGACGCCUCCGAUACUGGUAGUUACAGCGGACGACCAAGUUUUCUCCCCCCCAUCGGACAAAGAACGGCAGUAAGUAAAGAUCUCGCAACCGAGAGAGCCCGAGAAGUCAUGAUGGAGGGUAAAACAGCAUUGGAAAAGCCCCGAAACUUGGACAAAAAGGUGAAGGCGAUCGCUGUAAACGCCCUCAGCGACCUAUAUGAACUUGUGUUGGCCCUGGCGGACUCCAGACAAAGGCAUCGCCUUAACCUGGAAAUUGAAAAGACCAGGUCCGCAAGGGAAUUAGCAAAGGUAGAGAGGGAGCAUGCAAAGACACUGAGCUCUCUCCAAAAAGAGUUUGCCGAAGCUAUGCAAAAGGGAAGUGCAGACCACCAACGCACCCAUACAUCAGUGGACAAAGUCCAGGGCUGGCUUGACUUUGAGAUGGACGGAUUGUUCAAGACAGUCCAAGCCAUCCACGCAGAGGUCAGGUCGGCCCGCGCGCAAGCCUCAGUCCCCCCCCCAAAACCAUCGGCAAACUCCACGGAACCCAAGCAGAACCCAGCACAGGACUACAGCGCAGUCCUAAAAGAAAUAUCGGAUAAAGUAACCUCAUUGGCGACGGAACUCCACUACAUCAAGGAGGACUCCAAAGUGGCCAAGGCAAUCCGAUAUAGCCCACCACCUAGCCCCGAGCAGUGCCCCCAACGAACAUCAGAUGCUACCGCCCUUGAGGGAAUAAGAGGAGACCUCCGACGAAUUGAGGAAUCCAUCGGUCUCCUCAAGGCCAGCAUCGAGUCCAAACCAACCCCGAAACGGGAAGACAUAAAGACUGACCUUAAGGAGGCACUGACACCAAUAGCAAGGAAAGCCAACGAAAUCGCUGAGGGCGUCGAGGAGCUCAAAGACAUAACCUACGCCGGGAACGGUCCUCAACCUGCGGGGGCUCUUGGAUUGGGUGCUGAAAUAGCCCUCACCGACACGACCGCCCAAUUGGAGGACAUCAUCAAUCCACUAAGGGCGGACGUGGCUGAGGCGGCAAGCCAGAGCAGGACCCUGAAGGAGACCCUCGUGUGGUUCAACUCGGCCCACAAAGAUAAGCAGACGCGGCCUGUGAACGACGUCGCACAAUCAAAAUCGUACGCAGCGGUACUUAAAACAAAACCACCCAAGAAGCCGAACCACGCGAUAAUAGUUUCCAGCACUGACCCCACAAACACCGGGGACAAGGUGCUGGCAGCUAUCAGAGACACUUUAGAUUUCAAGACAACUGGAAUCACGGUGGAACGCGUGCGAAAGGCCAAAAACAGCAAGGUGGUGCUUACCUGCGACACUGGCGACAACAUCAAAAAAAUAAGCACCCAAAUUUCUAAAAACAAAAACCUAAUAGUUAAAGAGGCGAAAGCGUCAAACCCCCUGAUAAAAAUUAAAAAUAUCUUGGCGUACCAUACGGAUGAGGAACUUAUAGAAAACCUCAAGGCCCAAAACAAAAAAGUCUUUACAGACUUGGCCAAGGAAGACCGAUUCGUAAAGGUACGCUACAGAAAAAGAGCAAGAAACGUACACCAGUGUCAUCCGGUGCUGGAAGUGUCCCCCAAAUUGCACAGCAGGAUACUCGAGGCGGGAGUUCUACACAUCGGUCUCGAGCGAGGGUCAGUAGAAGACCAGUCGCCCCUCAUACAAUGCUCCAAGUGCCUAGGCUUCGGACACACCAAGGCACUUUGCAAGGAGAAGGAGCAACUAUGCAAUUUCUGUGGAGAAAACCACGCAUGGCAAGAUUGCCCGAACAGAGCGGCAGGUAAUCCACCGAAGUGCAGAAACUGCACCAACUCUAAGAGGGACAACCCAGAAACACCACCCCACAUGGCAUAUAGUGAUAUAUGCCCUGAGCGACAAACGUGGGACCGGAUAGCACGUUCCAAAACGGCAUACUGCUAA